AGUCUUACCGAACCACCAAAAUGGCGAAAGUCGCCAAAACACACGAAGACAUUGAGGCCCAGAUCCUGGAGAUCCAGGGUAUGAAGGCUGCCCUGGUGGAGGAGGGAGCAGAUCAGGGUGUGGGCCUGGACUCAACUGGAUAUUACGACCAGGAGAUCUAUGGUGGCAGUGACAGCCGCUUUGCUGGAUAUGUCACCUCCAUUGCUGCCAAUGAACAGGAGGAUGAUGACGAGGAGGACUCUUCAACAAGUCUACUUGGACAGAAGAAACCGGGGUAUCAUGCUCCGGUGGCUAUACUCAAUGCGAUACCACAGUCAGAUGAACAGUACGACCCGUUCGCAGAGCACAGGCCCGCCAAGAUUGCAGAGCGUGAGGACGAGUACAAGGCCAGACGACGACAGAUGAUCAUCUCUCCGGAGCGACUCGACCCCUUUGCAGACGCAGUACUGCUUUGCCAGUCCUGUACUGCACUCUCUUAAGGGUGCAGCAACUCAUCCUGUGUAGGUUAUGGUGAACAGACAGAAGCGUGCGCUUGUCAGUUUUGUCAGGGUCCGCUGGUUGUCUGUCUGGGUGGGGGGCAGCUCUUACUCAAUAAACCUCUACCAUAAGAACCUUUUUAAUUUUGUCUUCUACCCUAGACUUUAUAUCAUUACAUUUAAACCAUAGCAAUUUCAUGGUAGUCUUUUGCUUUAGAUUGAUUUUGUCAUUCGUAAUGAAUUUAAAGAAAAUAUAUUGUUCUAAAAAGGAAGCCAAGAUCUACGUUUACGAAGUCGAAAUAGCAAUCGACUGAUGUCAAACUACCAGCUGCUUAGUAGCAGGCAGCCUGUCCCCCCCCCCCCCCCCCCCCCCUCCCCCUGGAACUAAUCCUAGCCUUCACGGCCCCUGAAGUAAACGUGUAACUACAUAUAGAUGCUCUCCCUACCCUGGGUUACAUAAAGUAGCUACACAUUUAUCUCACAAGAAGAUUCUUAGAUUUGGGAACAAUUUAGAUUUGAAUUGUAUUAAUCAAUACUUCACAAUCUAGAGGGUAUUUGACAUAUUUUCAUUUAUUUAAGGUUUGAGCCCCAGGAGGAAUUUUCUUUUGAGUGACGUAAAAAGAAAUCACAGGUGGUAUGCUUAUGUGUGUGAGUUCCAACCCUUUUCCAAAGUGUUACUAAUGGUAAAGAGACAUUUUCUAGGCUUCUUUUCUGCCGGUUGAAGUCUGACUGCAGAAGGACCCUUGGCACUGAAAGUGUACGUAUUCUGGAGAGCACAGCCCAGGACCCCUGCAUCAGUGAUGGCUUUAUCCUCGCCUGUUAUCUCCUUAAAAGAAAGAAAAAACCCCACCUCAGCUCUUUCUCAAUGUAUCUGCCUGUUGUUUUUUAUUCAGCUAUGUUUGUAUGUAACACAAGCAAGAGAGGACUGCCUGUAUGUUGUGUAUCUAGGGUUGUCUUGUUGUGAUUCAGCUUAAGGAACUAAUACAGUAAAAGUUUCUAAAGAAGUGAGGGCCUAGCUGAGCUGGCUGUGUUUUACUUGCUGUGUUUUAUGAAUCCGGGUCCUGGGGCGUGUUCUAAUCGGCUGCCCUGUGUCUUGUUGGUGCUCUCUCGCGCAGGGGGCAAAACGCCGGACCCAAAGCUGCAGUCCAGGUCGUACAUGGAUGUCAUGAAGGAGCAGCACCUGACCAAAGAGGAGAAAGAGAUCCGUCAGCAGAUGGCAGAAAAGGCCAAGACGGGAGACCUGAAGGCUGUCAACGGCUCUGCUGCCUCCCAGGCUGCCGCUGCCGCCGCCAAGCGCAAACGCCGCUGGGACCAGACGGCCGAGAAACAGGACCAAUCAGGAACCCCCAGCAACACCGGCACACCCAAGAAGAUGUCUAGCUGGGACCAGGCUGACCAGGCUGCUGAGCAGACCCCAGGACACACCCCUGGCCACACCCCCUCCAACAGCCGCUGGGACGAGACCCCUGGCAGGAAUAAGGGCAGCGAGACCCCAGGGGCCACUCCCAGCUCCCGGAUGUGGGACCCAACCCCCAGCCACACCCCGGCCGGAGCAGCCACCCCAGGCAGGGGGGACACACCGGGACACACCACCCCCGGACAUGGGGGAGCCACAGGCAGCGUGCGCAAAAACCGUUGGGAUGAGACCCCCAAGACUGAGAGGGAGACCCCUGGUCAUGGUAGUGGUUGGGCCGAGACUCCCCGUACAGACAGAGGAGACGAGUCUGUGGGAGAGACCCCUACCCCCGGGGCCAGUAAGAGGAAGUCCCGUUGGGACGAGACCCCUGCCAGCCAGAUGGGUUCUUCCACUCCACUGAUGACCCCUGGGAAGACCCCCAUUGGAACCCCUGCCAUGAAUAUGGCCACUCCCUCUCCAGGUCACCUGAUGAGCAUGACCCCAGAGCAGCUGCAGGCGUGGCGUUGGGAGAGGGAGAUCGAUGAGAGAAACCGACCUCUCACAGACGAUGAGCUGGACGCCAUGUUCCCAGAGGGAUACAAGGUCCUUCCCCCACCAGCAGGCUAUGUGCCCAUCCGUACCCCGGCCCGGAAGCUGUCUGCCACACCCACCCCCAUGGGGGGCAUGACGGGCUUCCACAUGCAGCAGGAGGACCGCUCCAUGAAGCAGAUCAACGACCAGCCCAGUGGGAACCUGCCCUUCCUCAAACCAGACGACAUCCAGUACUUUGAUAAACUGCUGGUUGAGGUAGAUGAGUCCACUCUGAGCCCAGAGGAACAGAAGGAGCGUAAGAUCAUGAAACUGCUGCUGAAGAUCAAGAACGGAACACCUCCCAUGAGAAAGGCUGCCCUGCGUCAGAUCACAGACAAGGCGAGGGAGUUUGGAGCAGGGCCCCUGUUCAACCAGAUCCUGCCCCUGCUCAUGUCUCCUACUCUGGAGGACCAGGAGCGCCACCUACUGGUCAAGGUCAUCGACCGCAUCCUCUACAAGCUGGACGAUCUCGUCCGCCCAUAUGUACACAAGAUCCUGGUGGUGAUUGAGCCCCUGCUGAUUGAUGAAGAUUACUACGCCAGAGUGGAGGGCAGAGAGAUCAUCUCUAACUUGGCCAAGGCUGCCGGCCUGGCCACUAUGAUCUCCACCAUGAGGCCUGAUAUUGACAACAUGGAUGAGUAUGUCAGAAAUACAACAGCCAGAGCUUUCGCUGUCGUAGCGUCCGCUCUGGGUAUCCCAUCCCUGCUGCCCUUCCUCAAGGCUGUGUGUAAGAGCAAGAAGUCAUGGCAGGCCCGCCACACGGGCAUCAAGAUUGUCCAGCAGAUCGCCAUCCUCAUGGGUUGUGCCAUCCUGCCCCAUCUGAGGAGUUUGGUGGAGAUCAUCGAGCAUGGUCUGGUGGAUGAGCAGCAGAAGGUGCGGACCAUCAGUGCCCUGGCCAUUGCUGCCCUGGCGGAGGCUGCCACUCCCUACGGUAUCGAGUCCUUUGACUCCGUACUCAAACCCCUGUGGAAAGGUAUCAGACAGCACAGAGGAAAGGGUCUGGCUGCGUUCCUGAAGGCCAUUGGCUACCUGAUCCCUCUAAUGGAUGCUGAGUAUGCUAACUACUACACCAGAGAGGUCAUGCUGAUCCUCAUCAGAGAGUUCCAGUCCCCUGACGAGGAGAUGAAGAAGAUCGUGCUCAAGGUGGUGAAACAGUGCUGUGGUACUGACGGUGUGGAGGCCAACUACAUCAAGACAGAGAUCCUGCCCCCCUUCUUCAAGCACUUCUGGCAGCACAGGAUGGCCCUGGACAGACGCAACUACAGACAGCUGGUGGACACCACAGUAGAGCUGGCCAACAAGGUGGGAGCAGCAGAGAUCAUCUCUCGUAUAGUAGAUGACCUGAAGGACGAGGCAGAGCAGUACAGGAAGAUGGUGAUGGAGACCAUAGAGAAGAUCAUGGGGAACCUGGGAGCUGCUGACAUCGACCACAAGCUGGAGGAGCAGCUGAUCGAUGGCAUCCUGUACGCCUUCCAGGAACAGACCACUGAGGACUCUGUAAUGCUGAACGGGUUUGGCACGGUGGUGAAUGCCCUGGGGAAGAGGGUGAAGCCCUACCUGCCUCAGAUCUGUGGUACGGUACUGUGGCGUCUCAACAACAAGUCUGCCAAGGUCCGCCAGCAGGCUGCUGACCUCAUCUCUCGUACCGCCGUGGUCAUGAAGACCUGCCAGGAGGAGAAGCUGAUGGGUCACCUGGGAGUGGUGUUAUAUGAGUACCUAGGAGAGGAGUAUCCUGAAGUACUGGGAAGCAUCCUCGGUGCUCUCAAGGCCAUCGUCAACGUCAUCGGCAUGCAUAAGAUGACUCCACCAAUCAAAGACCUGCUGCCGCGCCUGACGCCAAUCUUGAAGAACAGACAUGAGAAGGUGCAGGAGAACUGUAUUGACCUGGUGGGCAGGAUUGCUGACAGGGGUGCUGAGUACGUGUCGGCCAGGGAAUGGAUGCGGAUCUGUUUUGAGCUGCUGGAGCUCCUGAAGGCCCACAAGAAGGCCAUCCGCAGAGCCACUGUCAACACCUUUGGAUACAUCGCCAAGGCUAUCGGACCCCAUGACGUGCUGGCCACACUACUAAACAACCUGAAGGUUCAGGAGCGUCAGAACAGAGUGUGUACUACCGUAGCCAUCGCCAUCGUGGCUGAGACCUGUUCUCCCUUCACCGUGCUCCCCGCGCUCAUGAAUGAGUACCGCGUGCCAGAGCUCAACGUGCAGAAUGGCGUGCUCAAGUCCCUCUCCUUCCUGUUUGAGUACAUUGGGGAGAUGGGCAAGGACUACAUUUACGCUGUCACGCCCCUGCUGGAGGAUGCACUGAUGGACAGAGACUUGGUCCACAGACAGACAGCCAGUGCCGUGGUGCAGCACAUGUCCCUGGGUGUCUACGGCUUUGGCUGUGAAGACUCUCUCAACCACCUGCUCAACUAUGUGUGGCCCAACGUGUUUGAGACGUCGCCCCACGUCAUCCAGGCUGUGAUGGGGGCCUUGGAAGGCCUCAGGGUGGCCAUCGGCCCCUGCCGCAUGCUGCAGUAUUGCCUACAGGGUCUGUUCCACCCAGCCAGGAAGGUGCGAGACGUCUACUGGAAGAUCUACAACUCUAUCUACAUCGGCUCCCAGGAUGCUCUCAUUGCUCAUUACCCACACGUCUACAACGAUGAGAAGAACCCUUACCUCCGCUAUGAGCUGGAGUACUUCUUGUGAUUCUGCUCUUCUCACUCUGACGAUUUCUCUCCCUCUUCUCUUGGUCCUAUCUCUCUUUGUGUAUAGGACUUGGUCCAUGUUUUUAUAUUAUUUAUCUCCUCUGUCUUUGUAGUGGUUGUAUCCAACACAGCCACAGUGGCUGUGGCCUGAGAUUCAUUUUUAAUACAAUAAAAACUGUGUAUGAUAGGGAAAUGGAGUAUAAAAUGGAGCAGCUUCUUAGAGCUUGUAUGUAUUGUUUUGUUUUAUUUCUCCUUUUAUAAUCAUUUCCAUAAGGAAUGACAGACAGUACAGUGAAGUGCAGGCUCUAAGUUAGCCUUGUUAUGGAAUGGAAAAGCAACUCAGUGAAACUCUUUAAAAUAUUGUCAUGGUUUCUUUUUACCGGCCUUGACCGUUCCUUCUCAAUGCUUUGCUCGCUUAUCAGUGAUCACCCCCCUGUUCUUAUCAGAAUGUUGCUUUAUUUGACUGAAUAAACGUUUGUGUAGAAAAUAAAACCUCUGCUUUA